AUGCCUCCAAAGAGGAAGAACGAUGCCAUUGUUAAGGUUGAAGAUGUCGGGAUGGAUGUUGAUGCUGUGAUAGACAGUGGAAGUGAAGAGGAGGCCAGAAGGAGAGCUAAAAACCGAAGAGCCAGACCACAACGUAAAGCCAAAAGGGCCAGCGAUGAUGAGGAGGAGGAGGAAGAGGACGAGGAUGAUGCACCAAGGAAAAGGGGACGAAAGAAGAAGGCCAAGCCUAGGGACAGCGACGAAGAGGAUGAAGAAGACAACCGUAGCGUGAAGAGCAAAAGUUCAAAGGCCUCCAGGAGGAGGGCCGCGAAGGAGGACAGCGAGGAGGAGAGCGAAGACGAGCAACAGAAAAAGAAAAAACGAGGGAAAGCUGUUUCCAAGCAGGAGAAAGAGGAGCAGAAUAAGGAGAAGAAAGGAAAAGUCAAAGGGAAAGAAGGGAAGGACAAAGUUGGUGAGAAGGACAAGAAAAAGAAGAGUGGGAAAUUUAGCAGCUCCUCUUCCUCCUCUGACUCUGAUGACCAGUCGAUGUCAGAGGGAGAGCUCGAAGCCCUGAAGGAGGAAGUAGAGGAGAAGAAGAAACUGAUCGCUACUUUAAGGAACAAACCGUGGCGCAUGAAGAGGAGACUCACAUUGCUAAAGGAGGCUCAGGAUUUCGUAGAGAAAUUUGAAGGAGCUCUUGGUAAAGGGAAAGGCAGGAGGUUGUAUGCAUUCAAAGUUAUGAUGGCCAAGAAAUGGAUCAAGUUUAAACGUGACUUUGAGAACUUCAAAACAGCCUGCAUACCCUGGGAGAGGAAGAUAAAGGAUGUAGAAAGUCAUUUUGGAUCAUCUGUGGCAUCCUACUUCAUCUUCCUGAGGUGGAUGUAUGGUCUGAACCUGGUCCUGUUCGGGUUAAUGUUCGGCCUUGUGGUGGUGCCUGAGCUCCUUAUGGGUCUUCCAUAUGGCUCCAUCCCCAGGAAAACUGUACCUCGAGAAGAGCAGGCCACAGCCAUGGACUUCUCUGUGCUCUUUGACUUUGAAGGAUACUGCAAAUACUCCUUUUUGUUUUAUGGCUUCUACAACAAUGAGCGGACAAUUGGGUUGUUGCAGUUCAGACUUCCUCUGUCUUACCUGCUGGUGGGAGUUGGCAUCUUUGGAUACAGCCUGAUGGUCGUCAUUAGAACGAUGGCCCGUAAUUCAAAUGAAGGAGGUGAUGGCGCAGAAGAGGGGCAGUAUACCUUCAGCUGGAAGAUGUUCACCAGCUGGGACUACCUGAUAGGAAACCCUGAGACUGCAGACAACAAGUAUGCCUCCAUUACAACCAGCUUCAAGGAAUCCAUUGUGGAUGAACAGGAGAACCAGAAAGAUGAGAACAUUCAUCUUAGACGGUUCCUCAGGGUUCUGGCAAACUUUUUGAUCUUGUGCAGCCUUGGAGGCAGUGGAUAUCUCAUCUACUUUGUGGUGAAGCGUUCUCAGGAGUUUGCUAAUAUGAAGAGCGAAGAUCUCUCGUGGUUUGAAAAGAAUGAGGUGGAGUUUGUGAUGUCUCUGCUGGGCCUGGUGUGUCCUCCUCUGUUUGAGACCAUUGCAGAAUUAGAAGACUAUCACCCUCGUGUUGCCCUCAAGUGGCAGCUGGGACGAAUCUUUGCCCUCUUCCUCGGAAACCUUUACACCUUCCUCUUUGCCCUUUUUGAUGAGGUUACUGCCAAGUUGGAGAGUGAAAAGGCAAUUAAAAAUGCCACUGAAUGGGCUCUGAAGCAGUACAUUGCCAAUUACAGCUCCCACUACAACACAACAAACGUGCCUCCUCCGAAUGUCCAUCCAGCAGACGUCAUCAGAGGACCGUGCUGGGAGACUGCAGUGGGAAUAGAAUUUGUGAAGCUGAUCGUGUCAGACAUACAGGUGACCUAUUUGACCAUCCUGAUUGGUGACUUUGUGCGAGCUCUUCUGGUCCGCUAUCUGAACUACUGCUGGUGCUGGGACCUGGAGGCUGGGUUUCCCUCAUAUGGAGAGUUUGACAUCAGUGGAAAUGUGCUGGGGCUUAUCUUCAAUCAAGGAAUGAUAUGGAUGGGAGCAUUUUAUGCUCCAGGUCUAGUGGGCCUGAAUGUUUUGCGUCUCCUGUGCUCGAUGUACUACCAGUGCUGGGCAGUGAUGUGCUGUAAUGUCCCUCAUGAGCGUGUCUUUAAGGCCUCUCGGUCCAACAAUUUCUACAUGGGCCUGUUGCUGCUUGUGCUGUUCCUCAGUCUGCUGCCUGUUGUCUACACCAUCAUGACCUUACCCCCAUCCUUUGACUGUGGACCUUUCAGUGGCCAAGAGAAGAUGUAUGAUGUGGUCAUGGAAACUAUAGACCAGGAUCUGCCCUCCUUUAUAGGGAACAUUUUUGUUUAUGCCACCAACCCUGGGCUCAUCAUGCCUGCUGUCCUCCUCAUGGUGUUGGCCAUCUACUACCUGAAUGCAGUGUCAAAAGGAUACCAACAAGCAAACUUGGACCUUAAAAGGAAAAUGCAAAUGGCUCGGGAUGAGGAGAAGAACCGCAGGAACAACAAGGACAGCACUAAUCAAGUGAUGAAAGAUUUGGAGGACCUGCUCCCAGACAAGUCUCUAGUACCUCCCCCCAUUGAGGAAGAGUCACCUCCCCCUGAUGUCAUAGUUGAAAAGGGCAGCAAGUCUCCCAAAAUUAAGCCAGGUGCAGCAGGGAAAGGGGUUAAACUACAAAAAGAUGUAUCGCUGGCUGCAACAAACCCCAGAGCCCCAGUGACCCGUUCCCCAGGGCCACGGAAAGCCCCUCCUGGAAAUGCCAGGGGGCCUCAACCUGGAGCUGGGAGAGGACGAGGUCGGGGUGGGCCUCCAAAGUAA